UCAGGGGAAGUGAAGACAUGACUUGCGGUUGGCGACUUCAGCAAUAGCGGCUGCAGCGAGGGGGAAAACAACAACACACACAUAUUCAUUCUGAGAGAAACAUGGACGAGCUUGAUUUGCUUUUGGAGGAACUAGCCCUCAAUCCGACUGCUUCAGAAGGCAGCAAUGCAACCCUGAAAGAGGUGUCAGCUGCAGUCAACACUGGACCUAAAAAGGGAUCUAACCUAAGACUUUACAGUGAGCCGCCUCUUCCUGAGGCAGCUUCCCAAGACUCACCCACCGUCGAACUGGACUCCAUUUUGCAAGAGCUGAUGAGCCUGGGAUCAGAGAACGCGGCAUCGUCACAACUUUUACCAGAGCGGUCUGUUGAGAAGAAACCAAAAGACGGUCAACGGGAUUUCGAUGCAAAGGCUUCAGCCGGGAGCAAAGAUACGGACAGUAUCGAUGAUCUUCUCGGAGGGCUGAGCACUGACUUGGAAAAGAUUGGAGUCCACACAGCAGCCAAGGGCCGCUGCGCUGCCUGUAAUAAAGUGAUUGUGGGCAAGCUGGUGGCAGCAUUGGGUGAAAUGUGGCACCCGCAGCACUUUGUGUGUGCUGUAUGCAAGACGGAGCUGAGCACCACGGGCUACUUUGAGAGGGACGGACGCCCGUACUGCAAGGAAGACUACGAGCAGCGCUUCGCUCCACGCUGCGCUUACUGCAAAGGGCCCAUUGUGCAGAACAUCCUGACAGCUCUGGACCAGACCUGGCAUCCAGAUCACUUUUUCUGUGCACACUGUGGAAAUUUCUUUGGAGAUGACGGUUUCCUGGAGAAGGAUGGGAAGCCUUAUUGUUCCGGUGACUUCUACCGCCUCUUUGCCCCCAAGUGCGCAGGCUGUGGGGGGUCAGUGACGGAGAAGUACCUGACCGCAGCAAACGGCACGUGGCAUCCGGAAUGCUUCGUCUGUGCGGACUGUCUGAAGCCCUUCUCUGACGGCCGCUUCAUGGAGCUGGAUGGCCGCCCGCUGUGCCAGACGCACUUCUACACGCGUCAGGGCACUUUGUGCGGCAGUUGCCGUCAACCCAUCGUGGGCCGCUGCAUCUCAGCUCUGGGCAGCAAGUUUCAUCCGGAGCACUUUGUGUGCGCCUUCUGUCUGCGGCAGCUCAGCCAGGGAAUCUUUCAGGAGCACAAAGGCAGACCGUACUGCUCCAUGUGCUUUAACAAACUCUUUGUGUGAUGUGGAAAGGCAUAAAAAAAAAAAAAAAAGGGCAACACAGCUUUUGCGGGCUUAACAUUCGAAACGUGCAGUUAGUCACUCAAACGAUACGGCAAAUGCAGAGUUUUGCUCACUAAGUAAAAAUGUCACUCAUUUCUGUGCUCCGGUCUCCCAUUGCCAAUUUGGCUGUUUAUUGGUAUGUCUUCCAGUGGAGAGUUCAACAUUGGACGAGUGGAAACUUCGUUUGGGGAGCGAUGAAGCAAAGUGAAACGACACAAUAUCUGGCAGUCUGAUGGACGAGUUAUAUUUAGCGCAGAAUUUUGUGUUUGCACACUUGUGAAAACCGACAGAGAGCCAAGUUUCAUUUGUUCCAUGACCACGCUAUCACUCAAAACACUUGUAUUUUAAAUAUUUCCCGAUUGAAAAGAAUGGAAAUGCAUUUAAUUAUUUUCAACCUCCCUCCAACAAACCAUGAUGUGUCUUCUUUAAUGAUACGACUGGCGCUGUAUACAAUUCCUGAAUAAAAGCAGAGUAAUGGCAUAAAUCAA